AACAUUGAAAUUCUGGAAGAGACACAAAAUGAGAAACAAAAACAGUUAAAGAAUAUAUCCUCUAGAACGUGACUAAAAAAAGCACUAUCUGUUCAUUUUAUCAGAAAGCAAACUGAGAAGUAACUUGAUUACUCUAAGUACCUUGAUGGAGAGAAAAUGCCGGUGCUAUGGGGCUUCUGAAUUCCACAAGGAAGUGAGUAGAACUGGUGUCUAAAAGGUGUAAGCCUGGAACAAUGAACAAUAAAUGAAGCACCAGGAUUUUUAAGCUUGAGCGAUAGUCUUUUAGAACGAGUGCUACAAAAAGAAGAAGAUGAAGAAAAAUUCUUCAUUUUUCUGGAGAUCCUUGAAAUGUUACACUUAGCCAAGUACAAGAAAUUGGACUUUGCACACAAGUAUUAAAUACAAAAGAAAUUUUGAGUUUCGUCCCAUUCUUCUCAUGGAUAAUAAUGUCAGACUCUUUUCAUGUAGCCUCAGAAGGGUUGGUUCUGUUUCCAUUCUAAGGUCACUGGUUGCUCUUGUUGCUCUCAGAUUGUAUUGACCAUCAAGAACCUAAGAAAUAUAUUAUGUAAGAUACUAUAAAAACAAGACUACAAAAAACUACAAGUCUACAAAAGAAUCAGACUGAAAAAGAACAAGCCUGCCAACAGCCUGAAACGCACUUGACACAAAACAGAUAUUACAGUGUGUACAAAUAAUAGCUCUUGGCUGAUAAACGGAAAGAAGUUUUAAGGUUGUUUGUACUGUCAUGAGAGCAUGUCUUGCAGAAUCACAGGUCUCCAUCAAAUUACUGUAGAUUUACUGAUGGCAUAUUAAUGGAAUGUGGCAGGGAUAUGUGAGAUGUUAUUUACUAAUGGCUGAUAGAACAAUUUCAUUCUAGAGUUCUGUUUUCUAGUCAUGAUGAAAAUCGUGUAAUCUUCCACGUCCCUAAAAAAGCUUCUGUCUGAGUUGGCAAGGAAAUGCUAAAAGAGUGUAAUUAAGUAACGAUGACCCUAAAGUGAAAUGUGGAUUCUUUACAAUAUACAAUGUCCUUCCCACCAGCCAUGUGUGUUUGUCAGAUGUUUAUAGAAUCUUCAUUAACUAAGAGCUUCGCUAGAUAACAGAAGCUGAAGCAUGGCAUCAAUGACUCAGAUAAGGGCAAGUGUACAACCAAUCUGCUUGACAACUGACAAGAGGCUGGGGUUUGAAGCAGACUGUGAAAAGAACACAAGAAAGUGAUUUGCAAAGGGCAUUCCAUCUGUUUGCCUUCCACCUCCUCUCCUCUGUCUGUAAAGAUUCAACAUUUUUAAUCAGUUAAAAUACUUAGUCCUCUUGUCUGUCCCUCAGAAAGUAAAUGCAUAAGAAAUGCAUUAUUUUGGAGUAUUAGCUGCACUUUCUGUUUUCAAUAUAAUUGCCUGCCUGACAAGAGGCAAACCUUUGGAAAACUGGGACAAGCUACCAGUUAUGGGAGAGUCUGACACAUUCUUUCAUGAUCCUGGGGAAGUGGAAGACGAGACCCAUUUUGAUUUUAAAUCUUUCCUGGAGAAUAUGAAGACAGAAUUACUAAGAAGUUUGAAUUUAUCAAGGAUUCCCUCACAAGCGAAGACCAAAGAACCACCACCACAGUUCAUGAUUGAUUUAUACAACAGAUACACAGCAGACAAGUCCUCCAUUCCUGCAUCCAACAUCGUAAGGAGCUUCAGCACUGAAGAUGUUGUUUCUUUAACUUCACCAGAAGAAAACCCAUUUCAGAAACACAUCUUGCUGUUCAACAUCUCUAUUCCACGAUACGAGGAAAUCACCAGAGCUGAACUGAGAAUCUUUAUCUCCUGUCGCAAGGAAGUUGGGUCUCCCUCCAGACUGGAAGGAAACAUGGUCAUUUAUGAUGUUCUAGAUGGAGACCAUUGGGAAAACAAAGAAAAUAGCAAAUCUUUGCUUGUCUCCCACGGUAUUCAGGAGUGUGGCUGGGAAAUGUUUGAAGUGUCCAGAGCUGUGAAAAGAUGGGUUAAGGCAGACAAGAUGAAGACUAAAAACAAGCUAGAGGUUGUUAUAGAGAGUAAGGCUCUGGGUGGUUUCCCUUGCGGGAAGCUGGAUAUCAGCGUUACUCGUGACACUAAAAAUCUGCCCCUGUUAGUAGUAUUCUCCAAUGAUCGCAGCAAUGGGACAAAAGAGACCAAAGUAGAGCUCCGGGAGAUGAUUGUUCAUGAGCAAGAAAAUGUGCUAGACAAAUUAGGAAAGAACAACUCUUCAUCUGAAGAAGAACAGAGAGAGGAAAAAGCCAUCACUAGGCCCCAUCAGCAUUCCUCCAGAAGCAAGAGAAGCAUUGGAGCAAACCACUGUCGGAGAACUUCGCUCCAUGUGAACUUUAAAGAGAUUGGUUGGGAUUCUUGGAUCAUUGCACCCAAAGAUUAUGAGGCUUUUGAGUGUAAAGGAGGUUGCUUCUUCCCUCUGACAGAUAAUGUUACGCCAACAAAACAUGCUAUUGUCCAGACUCUGGUGCAUCUCCAAAACCCGAAGAAAGCUUCCAAGGCUUGUUGUGUUCCAACUAAAUUGGAUUCAAUUUCUAUUCUUUAUAAGGAUGAUGCUGGUGUGCCCACUUUGAUAUAUAACUAUGAAGGGAUGAAAGUGGCAGAAUGUGGCUGCAGGUAGUAUAUGCAGAAUAUCUAUAAGAAGAAGAAUACUCUUUUCUGCUGUCUGUGAAACUGUACAUUAGUGAUGUAAAUGAAAAUCCUUGCAAACAAGGUUUGGAGCACGGGAUGGAGCUGGUUGUUUGUUGUUGCUGCUUUUAAAGGAAAGCUGGCAUUUAAAGGAUGGCAAUCAUUGUAAAUAACCUGCAUUAUAUAUCAUUAAUUAAAAUUUUGUGAGAUUGAAAGAACUACACAUUAUUUGGCCAGAGUGACAAAAGCCAAAAACUUAUUUGAAUUUUUCUGUUAAACCAGUUCUGUUCAGGUCACAUGCAGCCUUUGGAAUUGAGGAUGUCUUUUAAAUUUCUAAUAGGCAUAGAAAUCUAACUCUCUCUGUCAGAUCUUACAUUCUUCUGUGUACUCACUGAACCGCAUACAGUUUGCAUGAUAAAACAGGAAGUCUAAAUCCUGCAAACCUUUUCUCACACCAGUAAUCUCAGAGACUUUUAAAAUCGUUUUAAUGCAAAAUAUUUACUCCUGAAAGUGAAGUUUUAAAAUUUCUCAAACAGAUGACACACUCCAUCUCAUCUGAUUCCCAAGUUUCCUUCUGUGGGUAGCAGGUGCCUUGGUUUCAGCUUUCUUAUCCUUGAUGUCCCUAUUUUUACCCCUUUAUGGCACAUACUUGAAUGAUAAGAAGUACAGCCUUCCGCUUCCAAGACACUGUUUCCUAGGAGGAACAGCAGGCCUUAUCUCCUCACAAAGAUAAGGAGCCACUUUGACCUACUGCAUAUUCUUAGUAUUUCUUUGCAAGAACAUGCAGUCAAAUCACAUCCAGUCUUAGGAUCUGUACCCUAACAACUGUGGGGGUUGGCAGUGCUCAGCAUUCAUGAAAAGAAAUAAACAAGCUAAUUUUUAGAGGCCUAAGUUCUUUGGAGUCUGACACCAGGCACUGCUUAUUUUCUUUAUUUUUUCUUAGGAUAAACGCUGUUUUACAUACAAAAUUUUUUCACUCUUUAGAAGUCUGGGAAAAACUGAUAACUCCUUUUUUAAUGUUCUGGGGCACUUACAUUACUUUAGGAGAAAUACACUACCAGACAAUGGUUAUCCUGUCCUUACUUCUAUUUUCACUAAACAGCAACUCCCAUGUUUCCUGCAACUAGGGAAAACUUUCUUCGAUUCUAAUGAAGGUUUUGCCUGUACAAGAAAAGACAGUGCUUUGCAUUGGUUUCAGGUGUGAUGGAAUGUGCCAUGUAAUGCCAUCAUAAUCCACUUUCUUCCUACUAUUCCACCUUCCAUCAAAAAAAAUCUACCAUUUUUGAUUCAAACCCACAGUGAACUACAUAUAUAUUCAAAAUAUUAAAUGUUAAUGAGACAAAAAUAUGCUUAAUAUGUGGAACCAACAUGAUUUAAAUGUAUACAUAUGUUUUAAAUUAGGGCUGCCUGUGGGCAAGACGAAUUCAUUUGCUAUGAACAGCUCUGCUUGAAAUCUAAUAUGCGGUUUAUUUACUAUUGUUAACUGAAUACAGAGCGAAUAGCAGGUGAGUGCAAGCAGAGCAGUUGUAAUUCCAUCAAGAACUUUUGGUUACAUCACAAAUUACGAGAACAAAGCAUGAUUCACCAGAAUCCUCUGACUGAUUUACAGCCUCUUCCAUUAGAAGAGGACUGCAAUUGGAUCAGAUCUGAGAUCGGGAUCCAUGAGAAUUCUAUCCAUCCAUAGCUGCAUGUCAUUAACCUCUUAAAUUUCAUGUGGCAUCCUCUCAUUUUACUACUCCCCACUGGCUUCUGUCAUCUUACAGUUGUUAUGUCUUCCUCCUUGAAAUGUUUUCUCUCCCUUUUGUAUUGAUAUCUCCUAAAUUUAUAGUAUUUUGCACAACUUCUCUUCUUCAAGUAAAACAAACUACCAAGCAAA